UUAGAUCCCUAUACCAUGUCUGUUGGAAAGGAGAAAUUUAGAGAUUGAAAAGAAAUAUAAAACAAUAAAAAGAAAAGUUUUUUUUCGGAAGCCAGGAAGCGAUAGAAUCAUGUGAAGUGGGCACAAGUGGAAGAUUUAGUUCGUAUGAUGUAUAGUGACGUAUUGAUUGAUGGGCGAAAGCCGUUUGCGAGCCAGACAACAGGGGGACGGAAAAGUGUAGCAACAAAUUAACAAGAAAGUAUAGAAACAAAGGCACAAUUAUAAAAAGUAAACAAUUUUCCGCAGCACUCAAAAAGUAAAUAAACAACUUUCGAAAGAACUGUUAAAAUGUCCAACGAUGUUCAUUUGGCAAAAGUGAGUAAAAUUCACAAAAGUAUUGAUACAGCACCAAACAAAAGCAAAGGUUCAAUUCGGUGUCGAAACGAUUUCCGUCUAAAUGGCAAAGGCGGUGAUGUGAUGGACGAUAUACGCCCAUCUAUAGAUGACGAGUACUUAUUUGGCAGCAUAAGUCCACGGGGAGGCGGAUGUAUCAACCCAAUGGCACAGCUCUUUCCAGGAGAUUUGGAAUCUCCAGAUCAUACACACCGUGACACUACCACAGAAAGUGACAAUAACAUUAGUUCCUGUUCAACUUUGGAUAUUGUUAACAAGGUGGAGAAUCUUUCGGUGCAGCAGUUGGAAACAAAAGUGCGUGAGCUAACGCAACGCCUUCAGCAAGCUGAGGAACAGCGAUCUUCUGUACAACUGCAACUUGAAGAAUGUUCUGCGGAAAAGGAUUUGUGUUUGCGGAGGCUUGAAGUCCUUAGUGCAGCCCAUGAAUGUCGCAUUACAGAAAUGCACUGUGUCAUAGCUGAACUAAGCAAAAAGCUACGCAACAAGCAAGAGUCAACAAUAUUGGAAGAACAAGAGCCCGAAGGUAGCGAAAUAAGUUACCAAGAAGCAUCUGUCUACAAUUCCGAACUUAACCUAACAAAUCCUGAUGCAGAAUGUCAAACUGAUCCUUUGGAAGAGGCUGAUUAUUCACAUGCAGAAGUUGAUCAAAAUCUAUGUAGUGAGGUUACUGAUGAAAUUAAAAUUCCCGAUAUAAAUUAUAAGGCACAAGUUGAGGCACUGCAAGAAGAGAUUCUCCAUUUGAAAGCCCAAGUAGCACUGCUACAAUCCGAAGUUAAUGCUAACUGUCCGGAUGGUGGAAUAGGUUUAGCAGUUGUAGAACCUCCUAAUAUUGAACUAUUUGGUGCAGAUGUUGGGACCCAAAGUUUAGAUUCCCCCUCGCUUCAACUAACGCACAAAGACUUGGAUGAUCAAAUGCUCAACGAUUUCAAUAACACAUCGACGUUGACAGCAGAUGACACUUAUGUGACCAGUCCACACAAAUCGCCUGCAAUACCAAAAAUGGCCGAAAGGGUACGCUUAAAAUGUGCCAGCAAAACAGAGGGGGAUAACAUAACAGCCAUUGAUUUACGAAACAUUGAACUCAAAAAUGCAAAUAUUGCUGAACAUUUGGUUUCUGAUCUGAAGCAAAAUAACAGCAGUCUUAUGGAAUCGUUCGAUCCUUUACAAUUGGACAACGAGCUGCAGCGAUUACAACGUAAAGUGGACCAUUUAAAAGUGCAAAACCGAGUAUUGUCUCUGACAUUGGACGAAUCGAAAGAACAUUGUGAUCAUCUGUAUUUAUUGUGUGGCAAAUAUGAAUCGAAUGCUGUAGCCCUACAGGUGGCUUUAAAUUGUAGCGAUCGUGCCAUAGAAGCAUAUGAUGUUAUGUUGGCUUUAUUAGAAAGCAAGCUGGGUAUUAUUAAGGAGAAAUCUUCAGCUGCCGAAGAAAGCAGAAAAGCUGUUGAAUCUGUUGCUAGACAUUUAUUAGAUCGUUUGGAAAGUGAAAAAAAUAUUUGUGAAAAUAGUUUAGGCCCUUGGCAAAAUAGUUUUAGCAUACCCGACAAAGUGUCUUCAAAACCGUGGACAUCCGAAGACGACAAUCGUCUGCGUUACCAUGUAUCAAAAUUGAAGGGAAGACGGGCUACAGUACAAAACACUAUUGUACAACUCGAAUCCCCAUUCAGUGACUCAUUUGAAAAGUCAAGAAUGGCUCUUGAAAGCAAAAAGGAAUUAAGUAAUCACAAGGAAAAGACAUCGGCCCUAGAUUUAGAGGUGGCAGUGUUAAUGCAAGAACUAUUGAAUCUACGAGAAGAGAAUAUCGCUUUAAAAAUAAAAGCUGUACAAGCUGAACGCGAUAAGCAAUAUGCCAAUGACCGUAUUGGGGUAUUAAAUGAAGCCCUGAAACAACUGCAGUUACAACUGCAAUUUAACUCCGAAUCAGCUGAGCUGUUUAAUCAUCCAAACCAUGGGAAACCUAUUGAGCAAAACCGCACUUCUUAUUCGGAAGCUGAACAUGCUGCAUUAACAGAACAACAGUUGGUCGAGGCUCUGUCUCGGGAGACCGAACUUAAAGGGCGCAUACAAUGCCUAAUAAAUGCAAUGUCUGAUGAGAAAUAUGAACAUCUACAUACCAAUGUGAGGGAGCUACAAAAAACGAAUCAAAGCCUCACACAAAUCAUAGAACAGAACAAACGCAAAUAUCAGACACGAAUACGAAGAUUAGAACAAAAAAUCAUGGAUAUUACAUUGGAAAUGGGCCGUCAGCAAAAUAUUGCAUCGAAACAACAUCAACAGUUGGCGGAUGAUAUGUCUCCUCUAUCUUUCGGUGCAAACAAAUACAAAUACAGACAAAAUGCCUCACCCCAUGUCCAUAGCUCGAACCUUACACCCCCACCAUCAUCUUCAGUUCAUAUGAGACAUUCAGAAAAUGUCCCUGAAACUACAUUGUAGUAGAAGGGUCAUUAAAUCCCACCCGACCUAUUGUUGUAUGCAUAUCCUCAUUUCAUGAUGUCACAAAUCAACCGUAUUUCUACUGCAAUUACAUAAUAUUAUUUUAUUGUGUUCAUGUGUGUUUUCUUUUCUUACAUUUCCGCUUCUCUUCCCAAUCGCGGCUUUUGUUAUAUUAACCAAUAAAAAAAUACAUGACCCAUACUAUGGUCUACUCAACUAAUAUUAUAUUACACUAAUGUGCCAUUUGUUAUGACAACUUAGCUUUGUAAAAAAUUAAAAUCCAAAACGGACAGCAUUGAAAUUAUAUACGUUUUAAAUAUUAUUUUAUCACCAUUAUUAGAGUAUUGUAAUAUUAUUAAGAACGUGGAUGUCAUACACCUAUUAUCAAUACAUUCAUACAUAGCAAACAUUCUUACAAAUAAAACAGCAAUGUUAGCCCUUUAGCAAAAAAAAAAAAAUAUGUUGAGAAAUGAUUGAACAAAAAAUAUAUGUAUUCAAACCGUAAUUAUGAUGGAAAGUGCAGCUUCUUUUUGCUUUUUUGUAAAAUAUAUACAUACAUAUACACAAAUAAAUGAAAGAGAAAGUGA